CCGACGUCUACCUUCUUUCAGUUUGGAGCGUCUAUCCAGCAACAAGCCACAGUCAUGCUGAAGAUCAUGCAGGAUUACGACUGGCAUGUCUUCUCCCUGGUGACCACCAUCUUCCCUGGCUACAGGGAUUUCAUCAGCUUCAUCAAGACCACAGUGGACAACAGCUUUGUGGGCUGGGACAUGCAGAAUGUGAUCACACUGGACACUUCCUUUGAGGAUGCAAAGACACAAGUCCAGCUGAAGAAGAUCCACUCUUCUGUCAUCCUGCUCUACUGUUCCAAAGAUGAGGCUGUCCUCAUUCUGAGUGAGGCCCGCUCCCUGGGCCUCACUGGGUACGAUUUCUUCUGGAUUGUCCCCAGUUUGGUUUCUGGGAACACGGAGCUCAUCCCCAAAGAGUUUCCAUCAGGACUCAUUUCUGUCUCCUAUGAUGACUGGGACUACAGCCUGGAGGCGAGAGUGAGGGACGGUAUUGGCAUCCUAACCACUGCUGCAUCCUCCAUGUUGGAGAAGUUCUCCUACAUUCCCGAGGCCAAGGCCAGCUGCUAUGGGCAGACGGAGAAGCCAGAUGUCCCGCCGCACACUUUGCACCCAUUUAUGGUCAAUGUGACAUGGGAUGGCAAAGACUUAUCCUUCACUGAGGAAGGCUAUCAGGUGCACCCCAGGCUUGUAGUGAUUGUGCUGAACAAGGACCGAGAAUGGGAAAAGGUGGGCAAGUGGGAAAACCAGACGCUGAGCCUGAGGCACGCCGUGUGGCCAAGGUACAAGUCCUUCUCUGACUGUGAGCCCGAUGACAACCAUCUGAGUAUCGUCACCCUGGAGGAAGCCCCGUUUGUCAUAGUGGAAGACAUAGACCCGCUGACUGAGACGUGUGUGAGGAACACUGUGCCGUGUCGGAAGUUCGUCAAAAUCAACAAUUCAACCAACGAAGGAAUGAAUGUUAAAAAAUGCUGCAAGGGGUUCUGCAUUGAUAUUCUGAAGAAACUUUCCAGAACUGUGAAGUUUACCUACGACCUCUACCUGGUGACCAAUGGGAAACAUGGCAAAAAAGUUAACAAUGUGUGGAAUGGAAUGAUCGGUGAAGUGGUCUAUCAACGAGCAGUCAUGGCAGUUGGCUCCCUCACCAUCAAUGAGGAACGUUCUGAAGUGGUGGACUUCUCCGUGCCCUUUGUGGAGACUGGAAUCAGUGUCAUGGUUUCAAGAAGCAAUGGCACCGUCUCACCUUCUGCUUUUCUAGAACCAUUCAGCGCCUCCGUCUGGGUGAUGAUGUUUGUGAUGCUGCUCAUUGUUUCUGCCAUUGCUGUUUUUGUCUUUGAAUACUUCAGCCCUGUUGGAUACAACAGAAACCUAGCCAAAGGGAAAGCACCCCAUGGGCCUUCUUUUACCAUCGGAAAAGCUAUAUGGCUCCUUUGGGGCCUGGUGUUCAACAACUCUGUGCCUGUCCAGAAUCCUAAAGGAACCACCAGCAAGAUCAUGGUGUCCGUAUGGGCCUUCUUUGCCGUCAUAUUUCUGGCCAGCUACACAGCCAAUCUGGCUGCUUUCAUGAUCCAGGAGGAAUUUGUGGACCAAGUGACUGGCCUCAGUGACAAAAAGUUUCAGAGACCUCAUGACUAUUCCCCACCUUUUCGAUUUGGGACAGUGCCUAACGGAAGUACAGAGAGAAACAUUCGGAAUAACUACCCCUACAUGCAUCAGUACAUGACUAAAUUUAAUCAGAAGGGAGUAGAGGACGCCUUGGUCAGCUUGAAGACGGGGAAGCUGGAUGCUUUCAUCUACGAUGCAGCAGUCUUAAAUUACAAGGCCGGGAGAGAUGAAGGUUGCAAGCUGGUGACCAUCGGGAGUGGGUACAUCUUUGCAACCACCGGUUACGGAAUUGCCCUCCAGAAGGGCUCUCCUUGGAAGAGGCAGAUUGACCUGGCCCUACUUCAGUUUGUGGGUGAUGGUGAGAUGGAGGAACUGGAGACACUCUGGCUCACGGGGAUCUGCCACAAUGAGAAGAACGAGGUGAUGAGCAGUCAGCUGGACAUCGACAACAUGGCGGGCGUGUUCUAUAUGUUGGCCGCCGCCAUGGCCCUCAGCCUCAUCACCUUCAUCUGGGAACACCUCUUCUACUGGAAACUGCGCUUCUGCUUCACAGGCGUGUGCUCCGACCGGCCUGGGCUGCUCUUCUCCAUCAGCAGGGGCAUCUACAGCUGUAUCCACGGAGUGCACAUUGAAGAAAAGAAGAAGUCUCCAGACUUCAAUCUCACAGGAUCGCAGAGCAACAUGCUAAAACUCCUCCGAUCGGCUAAAAACAUUUCCAACAUGUCCAACAUGAACUCCUCAAGAAUGGAUUCUCCCAAAAGAGCUGCCGAUUUCAUCCAAAGAGGUUCCCUCAUCAUGGACAUGGUUUCAGAUAAGGGCAACUUGAUUUACUCAGACAACAGGUCCUUUCAGGGGAAAGACAGCAUUUUUGGGGACAAUAUGAAUGAACUCCAAACAUUUGUGGCCAACAGGCACAAGGAUAACCUCAAUAACUAUGUGUUCCAGGGACAACACCCUCUCACGCUCAAUGACUCCAACCCUAACACAGUGGAGGUAGCCGUGAGCACAGAAUCCAAAGGAAACUCCAGAUCUCGGCAACUCUGGAAGAAAUCCAUGGAUUCUAUACGCCAGGAUUCACUGUCCCAGAACCCAGUGUCCCAGAGGGAUGAGGGAACAAUGGAGAAUAGGACCCACUCCCUAAAGAGCCCUAGGUACCUUCCAGAAGAGAUGGCUCACUCUGACAUUUCAGAAACUUCAAGUCGAGCCACGUGCCAUAGGGAACCCGACAACAAUAAGAACCACAAAACCAAGGACAACUUCAAAAGGUCAAUGGCCUCCAAAUACCCCAAGGACUGUAGCGAGGUCGAACGCACCUAUCUGAAAACCAAAUCGAGCUCCCCCAGAGACAAGAUCUACACCAUUGAGAGUGAGAAGGAGCCCAGCUUUCACUUAGACCCUCCCCAGUUCGUUGAAAACAUGCCCCUGCCUGAGAAUGUGGACUUCCCGGACCCCUACCAGGAUCACAACGAAAACUUCCGCAAGGGGGACUCCACGCUGCCAACGAACCGGAACCCCCUGCAUAAUGAAGACGGGCAUGCCAACAAUGACCAGUAUAAACUCUACUCCAAACACUUCACCUUGAAAGACAAGGGUUCCCCUCACAGCGAGGGCAGUGACCGAUAUCGGCAGAACUCCACGCACUGCAGAAGCUGCCUUUCCAACCUGCCCACCUAUUCAGGCCAUUUCACCAUGAGGUCUCCCUUCAAGUGUGAUGCCUGCCUGCGGAUGGGGAACCUCUAUGACAUCGACGAAGACCAGAUGCUUCAGGAGACAGGGAUGACCAACGCUUGGUUAUUGGGAGAUGCCCCUCGGACCCUUACAAACACACGUUGCCAUCCCAGGCGGUGAAUGACAGCUAUCUUCGUUCGUCCUUGAGGUCAACGGCAUCGUACUGUUCCAGGGACAGUCGGGGCCACAGUGACGUGUAUAUUUCGGAGCAUGUUAUGCCUUACGCUGCAAAUAAGAAUAAUAUGUACUCUACCCCCAGGGUUUUAAAUUCCUGCAGCAAUAGACGCGUGUACAAGAAAAUGCCUAGUAUCGAAUCUGAUGUUUAAAAAUCUUCCAUUAAUGUUUUAUCUAUAGGGAAACAUAUGUAACAGCCAGCGUGCUGGAGGGUCAGUGUUGGAUGUCCAAUGGUACCCUGCUAAGAGGAAGAGGAUUUAGGGAGGUUUUUUUUUUUUUUGUUGGCUCUUUUGCACAUGGCUCCAUGCCGUAAUCUUCCACUCAAGGAAUCUUGUGAGGUGUGUGCUGGGCAUGGCAGACACCAGAUAGGUGAGUCCUUAACCAAAAAAUAAAUAACCGAAGGCAAGUCUUCAGGACAUGCCUACUAGGUAUGUUGGCAAUAAUGAUGUGUUGGAUGCCAAUGGUGAUAAUAUGAUUUCCUAUAUUCCAAAUUCCAUUCAGAUCAGUCCACCAUGUAAUUGUCUCCUCAGAAAUGCCUAAUGGUUUCUCUACUACAGAAUAAGCAAUAUGGUAUGCAUGUAAAUCUGACACAGACAAAAAUAAAUCAGUUAAGAAUGCAUCUGCACUGUAGUGAGAUUGACAUGUACAAGAGAAUAGGAAUUCUGGCUUAUAACAGUUUCAGCUUUAUUGUUAUGCCUUUCAUCACAGCCCACUUCCAACCCCAAGAACUCCAGGUUCCCCCAAAGAGUAGCAAAUCAGUGUGUUUGUGGUAAUUAUGCUACCUUCAUGAUAGUCCAUUCCCAAGACACAUCAAUAGCAAAAAGCCAGAAGGACCCUCAGGAGGAGAUUGGCAGGAAUCUCUUUGGAUGUUGAUUUGUGUGUUUUGAUGGUCUUGUUCAGAGCUGCAUAAACGAACACGUUUAUAUCUUCAAUACCUAAGUGUGGACCUUCUGUCUAUGACACAGUGGCCAUUGUAGUUUAUCCCGGAGACUCCUGUGUAUGUAAGUUUGCAUUUCUUCCCUUUUGGUGAUGACUCAGGGUUGUAUAGUAUCUGUUAUCCCUUCCCUCUCAGAGUAACCAUAGCUUGCUCAGUUUCCAAACAGCCAUGGUGGUAUCUAAUUAGCUGUGUGUCGUUCUUCCCAGAGUUGUUUGUGUGAUGACAUGCACCAACAGC